AGCGCGGCGACUCCCAGAAAUCCCUGCGCUGGUUGACAUCAUCAAAGAGCACCGGAAGUGCGGCGACCGCAGUGGAGCCACGUGUGGAGCCGAGAGCCGGCUUAUGCUGCGUCCCUGACACUUGGCACACGUUAACACCAUGAGUUUCGUGGCAUACGAGGAGCUGAUCAAGGAAGGCGACACAGCCAUCCUGUCACUGGGCCAUGGCUCGAUGGUGGCAGUGCGUGUGCAGCGUGGGGCACAGACCCAGACCCGGCAUGGCGUCCUGAGGCACUCAGUGGACCUCAUUGGCCGCCCAUUUGGCUCCAAGGUGAUUUGCAGCAGAGGCGGCUGGGUGUAUGUGCUGCACCCCACUCCCGAGCUCUGGACAGUGAACCUGCCCCACCGCACGCAGAUCCUCUACUCUACCGACAUUGCCUUAAUCACCAUGAUGCUGGAGCUGCGGCCCGGUUCUGUGGUCUGUGAAUCAGGCACCGGCAGCGGUUCUGUAUCUCAUGCAAUCAUCCGAAGUAUCGCCCCCACUGGCCACCUACACACAGUAGAGUUCCACCAGCAGCGGGCAGACAAGGCCCGGGAGGAGUUCCAGGAGCAUCGGGUGAGCCAGUGGGUGACUGUGCACACCCAGGAUGUGUGCCGCAGUGGCUUCGGUGUGGUCCACGUAGCCGACGCUGUCUUCUUGGAUAUCCCAUCACCCUGGGAAGCUGUGGGCCACGCCUGGGAUGCCCUCAAGGUUGAAGGUGGGCGCUUCUGCUCCUUCUCUCCAUGCAUUGAGCAGGUGCAGCGCACAUGCCAGGCGCUGGCAGCCCAUGGCUUCACAGAGCUCAGCACCCUGGAGGUACUGCCACAGGUCUACAAUGUACGCACUGUCAGUCUGCCCUUGCCUGACCUAGGGGCCAACGACUUAGAGGUCAACGUGGGCUCUGAUGCCAGCCCUUUCCGUAGUGGCACACCCAUGAAGGAGACUGUGGGCCACACUGGCUACCUGACUUUUGCCACCAAGACCCCAGGCUAGUGGGCCUCCAGAUGAGCAUCACAAGCAAGCAGGGAGGCCAGAGGCUGCCUUAUAUGGCCAGCCACUGCCUGUGUGGCUUGUGUUUAGAAAGAGGUGGGGGGCGGGGCCUCCUGGGUAGUUGAGGGGGGUGAGUAGGCUGGCCCUGCUCAGUCGGGAGGCAUCCCUCAUCACUGCCCAGUGUAAGCUCUGUCCUGGCUCUUUGUUGUCAACAUGAAGUUUCCUCUCCAUAGGCUUUCCUGGAUUUUAGACCAAACGGUACAAGUUGGAAGCUUUGGGCACUGCCUGAAGCCUGGACUAACCUACAGGAGCCUGGACUGCCCCAUCCCUGGUGCAAGGCUCUAGCAUUUAGCCAGAGCUUAGCCAGAAGCUGUGGUUUAGCUAAGUUAACCAGAAAGCCUGGCCUUACCCUCAUCUCCCUGUACUUGAGGCUGAUGGAGGGACCAGGUUGGCCUAAGAUCAAAGGAGGUGACUCCAUAAUCCUGUGUUGCACAGGCCCUGUGUGAGCACGCCUGUGAGUUCCUGGUGUGCUGUCACCUGGGGUUAGACAUCAUCCUUUGGAGAUGGAGUGCAGCAGGCUAGGUCCCUGCUUCCAGUGACCUGUCAGGCUCUUGUUGGAGCUGGGGCCAAAGAGCGGGUCAUAGAGGAGGCUGAGCAUGGAUGGGCUAAGAGCCCUGGCUAUGGAGCAGGUCAUAGAAGAGGCCGAGCAUGGGCUAAGUGUCACCUUGGGCCUGGUGUCCAUUCCUGAUAUGUGGCUAGCUUCAAAGGAGUUUCAGUGCUCAGAUCAUAUUGGUGUGAGGCUGCCCUGCAGCUGCUGGGGAUGUGUGGAACCAGCCAUUGAGAGACUUCCUCAUGUCAUUUUGGUAGAGACGCAUUGUCAUAUGCCAUACCUGAGGGUACCUAAAGGAGCAAUAAAUGUUUUGCCCCACUGCUUA